AUUGAUUGCAAUCUAGUCCAAAUUAUGUGAUGUAGUGAUAUUAUGAAUAUUUUCAAAUUUUUUCCUGGAGAACGUUGACCAGGAAUUGUCGCAGAACGAUUGGACUGAUGGAGACAAGACCCGUGUCGAGAUGUACAUCGGAAUACCGAUAAUUAUGUUAUUUUAUGGUCUCUGAUAGGAAUACGAGUACACUCGUUACAGCUUACAAGGCAGUAAAAUGAUUGAAGUAUCGGCCAAACUCAUCGGAGGCCCCAUAUUUAUGCCGGGCAGUAAAGUUGGUUGUUGCAUAACAUUUACACAUCCACCGAUGCCGUCGGAUACGCGAAGUCAAAGCAAUAGUGAUGUCUUAGAAAAUUUAGCAUGGGCUAGUGUUCAAAUUAAUUGUUUGUGUUUAACCAAUGACAACAUUAACUUCCCAUCAGAUAUGUGUGUCACUAAAGAUGAAAAAUUCUUAGGGAAUUCAGAAACAUCAUUUGCACCAUGUUUAACAGAUAAUGGUCAUGUUGUACUAUCAACAAAACCAAAAAUUCUAUUUUGUGAUGUUGGAUUAUCUCCUGGAGAAAAUAAAUCAUAUUUAUAUAGCGAAACAUUGCCUAAUGAUGCACCACCAUCAUAUAAAGGCCACUUAGUGAAAUAUGCUUAUAAAAUAACUGUUGGUAUGCAACGUUUAAAUAGCCCAAUUAAAUUAUUAAGAGUACCAAUACGUGUUGUAGCUAUUCAUGGACUUACUGAAGGGGUUACAUGUGAAAAUAGUAUUGAUUUAUCUCCAAGUAACCCAUUUUUAGAUUCUCAAUAUAAACAUGAAGAAUGUGACAUGGCUCUUCAAAUACUUCAAAAUAUAACUGCCAAACGAAGUCCUAAUUUUUACAAUAUAACAAACUCAGGAGGAAAAGUAGCCCGUUUUUGUUUAUUUAAACAAGCAUAUAGACUCGGUGAAGAUAUAGUUGGUACAUUUGAUUUUGAACAGACUGAUGUAUCUUGUAUUGAGUUCACAGUGAGCUUGCAGUGUGAAGAAGCUGUCAACAAAGAUUUUGUUGCUGUCAGCCCUAGGCCCAGAAAAGACAACGUAUCAAUCGUCUCGUACAAUACUCAACAUCAGUUCUGCGCCAACACUUUGAAAUCGUUCUUGCAGCUUGCCAUACCGCUAAACGUGACUCCUGCUUUUAGCACGUUAUUAGUGUGCGUGAAAUGGAGGCUUCAUUUCGAAUUCGUGACUAGUACGAAAACUUCCGGCGAAAAGUUGAACGAAACCAAGGAAGGCACUUGCUGGACGGGUCCUGAAAAUAUAGACAUCGAGACAAUGGUAUGGGAUUUGCCCAUUCAAAUAUACCCGUCUGUGCCGUCUAUAGCCAACGACCCACAUGCCCAAACACGGGUAACAAUCGCGAUAUGAUUUUUUUUUUUUUUACACAUAUGUAUUCAUAAAAUAAUGUAUAUUAUUAUUAUAUUAUUUUUUAACGAAUU